AAACCGAGUCUGAGCCUCCGUCGUGUAAGAAAAAAAGAAGAAAAGGAAAAAGAAAAAGAAGAAGAAGCGAAAAGAGUUUCAGAGCUCUAGUCCGUACAGCCAUGGCGGUUAAGAUCGAAGCAGAAGUUCCCGAGGUUUACCGACUCGCCGGAAGAAUCGCCGGCCUCAACCGUAAUAUGACGGCGAUGAAUCUUCUUCUUGAAGAUGCGAACCUGACGUCGGAGUUCCGCGAUGCCGUAAACGAAGAAAUCCCAAGGACUCGGUCAGACCUAGAUACGGCGAUGUUGGACUUGGCUCUGUUGACCUCAGAACCAGAGGUUGACGAAGUGUCCGAAAUCUUGAAGUCCGUAUUCGAAUCCAACCAGGUCGAGGUCGCGCUGAGAGUACAAGUACAAGAAACAAGUGAGUUCAGGCUUGAUGCGGACGGAGGUAGAAUAAGCGCCUUGCAUUUGAUGGAGGAGGGAGUCAAUUUGGACGAGUUGAAGGGCCUCAAAACCCUAGGUCUCCAAAUUGGAAUCGGAAUUUCCAAGUGCUUAAUGCAUUUAAUGUACUUCUUCACGCACAAGGAAGAAGCAGCAGAAUCGGAAGAGAAGCUCGAGAUCGUAAUCACUGACUCAAGAUUUCAAAGUUUCAGAAAUUCAAUACCAGAGCUCUUGGUGUCACUGAGCUGGUUGAGGAAGGAGGAUGACCUGGUCUCCAAAAAGCUUGUGCCUCUUCUGCACUUUGCGGAUGGACAACUGGCGGGGCUCAUUGGAUGCAGAAGGGAUGACAAGAUCUUUCAGCUGCUUGCCAAGGAGGGUUUAGAUACUUGUCUUGGUCAAUUGGAAUUACUCAUACUCAACGUCCAAUCGGCCUUUGGUGUGCCGAUUUUUGCAGCUGACGAUUCCGCUAAGCUACCCCUAGCCUGUCUUCAAGAUCACCUCAGCAAAUUGGAGAGAGGGCUGCGGGGCAUUGAACUCCAAUUGAGCAACUACGAGGAAAUCCUCUGCUUAACUGACAAACUUGCUUUCCGGAAUCUGGCUCGUUUUAUGCGAUUCAUGGAUGACAAAAUAAUCGGAUUGUGGAAGGAUUUGGUGGGCAAACCUCCAGUGAAAGCUGUAUGUGGUUUGACAACAAGCAGGGGGCUAAUAGAGGGGCCAUUUCAAGAUUUCGUUGCUGAUGCAACGAGAUAUUUAGAAGAGAGCAAAUCCACAUUCUGCACAGAAUUUGGUGAGGCUAUUGGCAGUGUAUUUGCAGCCAGAGAUCCAGAUGUUCAACAAAUUGAGUACUUCUUGCAUGCGACAUUUGCUGCAGCUAAGAGCUUCUCUGAUUUCUAUGUUGAGACUAAAGCAUCUGUGGAGCUUUCUAAGAGCUUUGACCGAAGGAAACAGCAGGCUUUUGUUGCCCAAACACAAAAGAUGAUGGUAAGACCUCCUAAGAGUCCAGAAGCAGUGAACUUUAAAAUGAAAGUCAAGGCUCUCUGGCUGCAUAAGCAAUUAAGUUUUCUGAAGAUUGUUGAACAAGUCAAGGAGGCUCAAGCAGUUUCAAAUAAUGAUCUCAGAGGGCUUGCAAAGGAAAUUCAUACGUUAGAGCUUGAAGCUUCACAGCUUGGGAUGAAGCUCAGGGCCUGUUUUCUAAGGAUGCUGAUCAUGAUGAAGUCUGAGGGGAAUUUGACAAUGAUAAAUCUGUUUAACAAGUACCAUUCCCUGCUUGACCUAGUCAGUGAUAUUCUUCAUCAAGCCACACCUUCAAAUUGUGUGGGAUUUGUAUUGGGCAAAGUUAACCAUUUGCUAACCAAGGGACAAGUGGAGCUGAAUAAUAUCCUGACCAAAAGGAAGUUGAGCAAUAUCUUUGUGACCACAGAGUGGCUUCCGACCAUUCGCAUACAGCAGAUCGACAGUACACUUGAUGAUCUCUUAGAAGUCACCACAAGAAUGGAUCUCCUAUUGACCCUUCCCAUGCUCCCGGAUGCGCCCAAAUCUCAGACCUUGGAUUGGAUAGCUAAGGAGUUGAAUGACAUGAAAGCAACAUUGGCGAAGGUUGAAGAGUUCAUAGUACGGAUGUACAAUGUUUUUCAAAUCAAUCAGCAUCUCAAGGAUGUAGCUUCGGUGGACGAGUUUCUAGAGAUUUUUGUGAGGCCUGAGCUGGUAAACUGUUGGAAGCAGGGCAAUUGACAUUGACAAGAUGCUUGUUUACUGUGAGGAUUACAUUUCUGCGUUACUCAUAUUUCCUAUUUUCGGAUUAUCAUUUGCAAACUUUUGUGAAAGAGGAGUAGACCUGUAGGUGGAUCUUGGCUAUUUUCUGAUGAUAAGUCAUAUAUGCUUUUGUAUAUGUUGUGGGACGUGGAUCUGGCUAUUUUCUGAUGAUAUAUAAGCCAUGUUUUUGUA